GAAGAGCAGUGUUAGCAUUCGGCUAAAAACACAGUGAGCUGCAGCGUUGCUAAAGAAAUGAUCUCAGUCUAAAUCUACUAUUGAUUAUAGUUUAAUGAUCGAGGAUCAGACAACACGCGAUGGAUGACAGUAAGUUUUACAGUAAUUGAACCCUGACUUGACAUGUCACGUGGUCUGCAGAUGGUUGGUGGUAAAGUGAAGAAACCAGGCAAACGUGGCCGUAAACCAGCGAAGAUCGAUCUGAAGGCGAAGCUCGAGAGGAGUCGGCAGAGCGCCCGCGAGUGUCGCGCCAGAAAGAAGCUGCGGUACCAGUAUCUGGAGGAGCUGGUGUCCAGUAAAGAGAGAGCCAUCUGUGCCCUCCGAGAGGAACUAGACAUGUAUAAGCAGUGGUGUUUGGCGAUGGAUCAGGGGAAAAUCCCGUCUGAAAUUAAAGCUCUUUUAACCGGAGACGAUCAGAAGUCGCCGCAGAGCUCCAGCAACAAAACACUCAAGAAUGGCAAGUACAACCAGAACAAGACGUCUUAGACUCACGGAAGACACAAACUUAUUCCACUGUCAGAGAACACCCAUUAAUAAUAAUAAUACAGUGAAUGUGAACAGUAUUCAUUCUGUAUGAUAGUCUACAGUGUUUAUGAGAUGCUUCAUCAUGUGACAUCUCCGAGUUAAAUAAGCCGUUCUGUUUCCAUUCCCGUACAAAUACACAACAAUAUGAAAGAAAUCCGAUAUUAGAAAGACUUCCAAAUGAAAUCCUGUUGAUUUGCAUCUAUAUGUGGAUCAUUUGUGAUUUGUAAACAGAUCUUCCUUUAUAUAUUUAUUUUGGAACCGUUCUGGAACCCAAAUAAUUUUGAUGCAGGUUUCAACAUUCAUAGAGACAAAAGACAUGGACAUUUUUUAUUCAUGUGAUUUAAGAGUGAAUGUGUCAGUGAGAAUCUAUUAUUCACUGACAUUAUAAAAGCUUUAGACAGUCGAAGACGGACUGACUCCAAUAUCUCUCUUUCUGCACUUUAAAACAUUUGGAAGAUUUCAGCGCUCAGCACUUACUUUUCUAGUUCUUGCUCUUGUAAAAAAAAAAAUAGAGACUGUGUUUGAAAAGGUUUUUACGUCACUAACUGAAACUUAAAAGCACUUUCCUCUCAAGCCCUUAUUUUUUCUUGUCGUACUUUGAGAUCUUUUAUUCCAUCUGGCAGGUUUGACUAAAUGAAUAAAUAAUAAGCAGCUUGACUUGUCUUACAAACACAGAAGAUUUAUGCUCUGAAAAUAUCUAAUGAAUGUAUAAAUAUCUGCCCAGAUACACAGAUAUUAAAAUCUCGUAACAAUUGGUUUGUGAAGGUUCAAGUUUGAAUAAGCUUAGAACAUCUGACUCGCUAAAUCAUGAAUAUCAGAGUUGAAUUUCCUGACCAACACAAUCUAUAAUGUUUGACUUUGUUUAGAGCUUAAAUGUAUAUUUUUAUACGAUAUGUAUGAAAUGUAGAUUGUUAUUCAUUGCAGUGUGCAUCAAGAUUAAUGAUUAGCUUGUAUCUGUACAGUUGUUUUGUGAUGAUUAUUAUCUCUGUAUAGUAUAAACACAAUUAAUCUGUAUCUCAUUGUGUCCAGCUGCAGCUUUUCUUUUGUAUCAAACACAGAAUAUGUUGUUGUAAUUCCGAGCUGUACAUGAUGUUUCAUUGUAUCCUGUUGAAUUAAAGCCUUUUGCUUUCAUACAGAGUAACAAUAGACUGUCAUCCGUUACAGAACGUGGAAGAAUUGUGCUUUAAAUGUCACGCAGUGAUUGAACAUCACAGAAACACUGUCAGUGGACUAAAGAUCUUUAGUUGGUUUGUUAAUAACGCAAUGAUAAACUGAGGUUAUUACAGUUCAUACAGUGUUUCUCUGGUGCUAUUAGAGUCACACUACAGACGAGACAUCACAUCAGGAAGAUUGUAGCGACACAGCUGAAAUAUAUAAAGUGAUUCAGUUCAGAAAUAUAAACGUUAAACAGAACAGACUGCCUGAAAUCUCUUUAUGACACGCAGAGGUUUAUUAUUAAACAGAUUAAUUACACUGCAAUCUGGAAUACUUGAUUCGGAUUAAUCAAUCGCGCCAUCCAGCAAUCUCAUUUUCCUGAAAAACUCACACAUCCGGGGAUAAAAUGAUAUCAGAAGUGUCUUUUGGGUAUCGCGAAUCAUCUUUCCUACUUGAAUCACUCUACAAUCUCUACAAGUAAACUAAUAAAACAAUUCCAACUCAAAUCAGUGUUUCAUGUCCAUUUAU